AUGUCAGGACAUCACCGCAUCACUCUCGCUGCCAACCCCCCCUACUUCGAUGGCGACAAGUCCAAAUACCUGGGCUUUGUGGACGCGUGCACCACUUACAUCGGUGCCUAUCGGUCAGAGUUCUCGCUGGACGAGACGAAAAUCCUCUUCGUCCUGUCCUACCUCCGCAAUGAGAGCGGCACAAGCUGCGCCGCCUCAAGAUGGGCGAUGAACUGGAAGCAGCACAAUUUCGAGGGCUUCCAAGGACUAAAGGCGGGAGUCACCGCAACAACCUUCUUGGAGGAGCUUCAGAGGGCCUCUGGGGAUUCUAACGCAGAGCAAGUCGCUGCCGCCCGACUCAUGGCCCUUCGCCAGGGCAGACGGUCCUUCGCGGACUACAUCUCUGACUUCGAAAUGCUGGCUGCGGACGCGGGGUACAACGUGGUCACCUCCACCGACAGCAAGGGCGAGCACAAGAAGGGGGAUCAGGACAACAUCCUCAUCGAGUUCCUCGAGCGCGGACUCAGCAGCGAAAUUGCAAGCCGCCUCUACAACACCGGCGUCCCCCUGCCCAAGGCAUAUGGUGCCUUCAAGAACUGGUGCGUCAACAUCGAGGCCAAUGCCUUGCGCGAUCAGCUGCGUAAGGCAUCCUAUGCGCACUCAACUCCGCGGCCCCCACCCCAAUUCCGCCCUCAGGCUGCACCAUCAGCACCUGCACCCGCUCCGGCCCGACCAGCGGCCAAUGAGCCGGUUCCGAUGGAGAUCGAUCGCACCCACGCCCGUGGCCGCAAUAUCAUCUGCUACAACUGUCAGCAGCCUGGGCACAUUGCGCGGAACUGCCCUGAGCCCAAGAAGAAGCGCACGUUCUUCAAUCGGGCCACAAUGCUAGAAGAGAUCGAGAACGGGGACAAGGACAACGAGUUCCUGAAGGAGAUCGCCGAGAAGCUGCGCGAGAAGGGUUUUUGA